AAGGACGAUGAUUGAGGCAAAAGAAAGUAGUUACUCGUUACCAACCACCAUUUCUUAUCAUCACUCUCCCUUCCACUAAUUUAGAACCCCAUUUCUCAUCAACACCAACACAAUCAAUCAAUCAGUAACCCAGAAACAUGAUGCAUCUUCUCUCUGCAAUCCCUCCACAACAUUCUUCUCUCUCCAAUCCAUCUUUCUUUUGCUCUAAUUCCUACCCUUUUCACCAUAAUCAUUCCCACAAACCCCAAAUUUGUUGCUUCAAAUGCUACUCUUUUUUCCCAAUUCACCAAAAACCGCCAUUUUUGGCCAAUUCUUCAUCUUCUUCUAGUUCUAGUUCUAGUUCAACUGCUACUUUAAGGUAUGUAAAUAACCCCAUUUUAGAGGAAGAAGAAGGCGGUGAGUGGGUCCCUUCUGCUUCGGCAUUGGCUUCUGUAAUACAAAAAGCUUCGUCUUCUCCCAUUGAAUUUACCCAGAAAAUUGAGAGGGACCCUAAAUCUCAAGGUAUUAUUCUACCUAGCCCUGAUUUUCAGAGGCUUUGUCUUGAUCAAUUGACCCUUUUCCGAAGGAUUGUUGACCCCAGUGCCCUUCUCUCUGUUUAUGUCCGGCCUGCUGGUAGCUAUGUGAUGGAUCGUUUAGAACUUCGACGUGUUACAUUUUAUCCAACAGUGGAUGGGUCUGAUAUUGUCAUUUUAGUUGGUAAUUUUGGUGUUCCAGCUGGGCUGCGUGGUGCUGAAGCUGCUCUUUCAAACAUGCAAGCUGAGGCAAUAUCGGAGUGUAGAUCUGUUGUCUUUCCAAUGGUCAAACAUCCAUUUGUUGUCGGGUUUUUGGUUGCUGAACUUCCUGGUGUUGAGCUUGAAAAGGGACCUCAUGAUGCUUCUUACUUGCCAUCCCCAGAAGAGUGCUAUGCAUUGCCCCCUAAAUUUGAUUCGAAGGCGCCAGAUAUCCCAUUAUGUGGUGGAAAUCCACUGACAUGCUUCAAUCUAUCAGCUGACCAGAGAUUAAAUGCUAUAAAUAUUUCUCAUUCCCUUGCUAUGGCUUAUGUUAUGGAUCAGAAAGCAAUGCUGCUUCAACAGACAUCUUGGCAAAAUAACAUCCGGAUGAGUAAUCUUGUUGAACAAAUUCGUGGGCCAUUGUCUAGCAUACGGAGCCUAUCUAAAUUGUUAGCAGUUCAAAUUAAUAGAAGUGAGAUUGCUCAUGACAUCGUUGAAGACAUAAUGGUCCAAGGAGAUCAUAUACGAGACACCUUGGAACAGCUGCAGGAUGCAGUUCUCUUGACAAAGGCUAACAUAAUGAGAUUCAAUGAAGAAUCAUUGAAAAAAAUGGAUGUCUCAAGUUAUGCUCAACCUGAAAUGAGAACGUUUAAACUACCAAAGGAUGUGCCAACUCACCCACCGGCUGAUAAGAUAAGAGACUCUGAUCAGCAACAUUCUUUAAGUUUGGCAAUCAAAGAUUUAGAGAUGCCAAUGCCACCAUUGGCACUAGCACCUGUACAACAGCAUAGCAUCAGACCGUGCAAUGUUUCUGAUAUAGUGGUGGAUUUGGUUGGAGCUGCACAGCCUCUUGCUUUAAACCAGAAGCGUAGAUUGGAAUUAAGUGAAUUCUCCCAAUACCUGCCAGUUGCUAUAGAAGAACCUGCACUGCGUCAGGCCCUCAGUAAUCUAAUAGAGGGUGCACUACUGCGCACACAUGUUGGGGGAAGAGUUGAAAUCGUCUCUAUAGGAGCACCUGCAGGUGGUGCUCUUGUUGUGAUUGAUGAUGAUGGUCCAGAUAUGCACUACAUGACACAGAUGCAUUCGCUUACACCAUUUGGAGCAGAACUAUUUUCUGAACAAAUGAUGGAGGACAACAUGACAUGGAACUUUGUUGCUGGCCUCACAGUAGCACGAGAGAUACUUGAGAGCUAUGGUUGUGUCGUCCGUGUCAUCUCUCCCCGGAACACAGAUGCUGCUCUUGGAACAGGUGGGACCCGAGUUGAAAUUUGGCUUCCUUCUUCUCCUAGAGGUGCAGAGAGUCUACCAUCAGGCAUAAUUGCAUCUCAAUCGGACUUCUAUCUUCGUAGAUUAUGGGGUAAUCCUGAUGAGGAUGUGAUGAGGAAACCCAAGUAUCUUGUAACCUUCACAGUUGGUAUAGAUAUGAAGGAUAACAUUGACGUAGCUGUUAAAAAGUUUUCAGAUGACUUUUCUAUUAUGCUCUUCCAUUAUGAUGGGAAGACAAGUGAUUGGGACCAAUUUGAGUGGUCAAAGCGAGCUAUCCAUGUUAAUGUUCUAAAACAGACAAAAUGGUGGUACGCAAAACGUUUUCUACAUCCAGACAUUGUUGCGACUUAUGAUUAUAUUUUUGUCUGGGAUGAGGACUUGGGAGUUGAGCAUUUUGACCCUGUAAAAUAUAUCGAUUUGGUGAAGAAAUAUGGUUUGGAGAUUUCGCAGCCUGGUCUGGAUCCCAGUAGUCGAAGGUCAUGGCCGUUGACAAUGAAAAGAAAUGACAGUGAAGUUCACAAGGAUAACCUUGAGAGAGAAGGUUCGUGUAUAGACCCACGUUUACCACCCUGCGCCAGCUUUGUUGAGAUUAUGGCUCCUGUGUUCUCUCGAAAUGCAUGGCGUUGCGUGUGGCAUAUGAUCCAGAAUGACUUGGUCCAUGGAUGGGGUCUUGAUUUUGCCCUUCAAAAAUGUGUACAGCCUGCACAUGAAAAAAUAGGCGUUGUUGAUGCUCAAUGGAUUUUUCAUAAAAGUGUUCCUUCUCUCUAUAAACAGGUACUCUCUUUGUUCUUAUAAAUUUUUGGCAAUUUGAAUUUCAUGGCCUAUAAACUACAAUGCACAUCUUGAUCACAUA